AUGGCAGCUUCUGUUCGCUCCAGCAUGCCACGUCGGCUCGUGGUGACCGACGCGUCGGUGAUUUCCGGACAAGUGAUCUCUGAUUUCUGCAAGAGCGUCGGCGUCGGUAACGGCGAGCCGUUGGAUUCCGCGAUCCAGUCUACAGGCGUCGUGACGAACGCCAGGCACGCUGGUUCCACGAAGCUUCCUGCCAUUGCCUCCGGGUCCUUGGAGUCGGUUCUUUCCAUCGCGGAGCGCCCAGGUCAUCAUGAUGCCACAUGUCUUGCUGAGCUGGCACGUGUGCUGCAGCCCAAUGGCAUGCUGCUGUUACAGGAGCCCGUGGCUGCCAGAUCAGCAGCUGCUGUGGAGCUGGAGCGUCUUCCUUCGUCACUCUCCGGGUCGCCCCUGCCCAAUCAAGCUGCGCUCGAAAGAAUGCUCCUCCUUUCAGGCUUCGCCACGUGGCAGGCUGUGAGCCCUAUUGCUGGCGUGGGAUUGGCUCCGGAGUUUACAGGGAUCACGCCUGCUGCCAUCGGAUCAACCCAAGGGCCCCUUCUCGUCCCUGUCACGCUUAAGGCACAGAAACCCGCGUGGCAAACCGGUUCAUCCUUUACUCUCAAGAAGAAAAGCACUUCCUCCCAAACCUCUGCUGCUGCUGCUGCGCCUGCAGCAGCGCCUGCCACGUCAGCAGGGGUGCCGCUGCCCGCGCCUGCCACGUGGCGCGUCGCUACUGGCGGAGCGGGCGAGGAGGAGGAUGAGCUGGUGGACGAGGAUUCGCUGCUGACAGCAGAAGAUCUAGUGGCUCCUGCACCUCCCCCUGCCAGUGCGGCUGCAGGCUGUGGCACCGCCAAGGCUGCUCGCAAGGCGUGCGCUAACUGCACGUGUGGGCGGGCGGAGAUGGAAGCAGCAGAAGCGGCGGGAGGAGCAGAGGGCGGGCAGGGGAAGAGCAAGCUGACUCUUGAUCAGAUCUCCAAUCCUGAAUCGGCAUGCGGCAGUUGUGCGGUUCUCAAGCAGUGUGCGGUUCUCAAGCAGUGUGCGGUUCUCAAGCAGUGUGCGGUUCUCAAGCAGUGUGCGGUUCUCAAGCAGUGUGCGGUUCUCAAGCAGUGUGCGGUUCUCAAGCAGUGUGCGGUUCUCAAGCAGUGUGCGGUUCUCAAGCAGUGUGCGGUUCUCAAGCAGUGUGCGGUUCUCAAGCAGUGUGCGGUUCUCAAGCAGUGUGCGGUUCUCAAGCAGUGUGCGGUUCUCAAGCAGUGUGCGGUUCUCAAGCAGUGUGCGGUUCUCAAGCAGUGUGCGGUUCUCAAGCAGUGUGCGGUUCUCAAGCAGUGUGCGGUUCUCAAGCAGUGUGCGGUUCUCAAGCAGUGUGCGGUUCUCAAGCAGUGUGCGGUUCUCAAGCAGUGUGCGGUUCUCAAGCAGUGUGCGGUUCUCAAGCAGUGUGCGGUUCUCAAGCAGUGUGCGGUUCUCAAGCAGUGUGCGGUUAGGGUUAGUAGCCGCCUUCCGCUGUGCUCAGCCUUCCGCCUGUACCGCGGCUGA